CAGGAAUCCUCAGAAUGCGAGGUUUCUCUCAAAGGCAUCUUGCAUCAGCCUGUGGAUGGAUGUAUGCUCACCCCCAGCCUCCUCCAUCAGUGAGCAAGGGGAGAAGCGGGCUUUCCCACCAAACUUUGCCUGCUGGGUUUGGGGGAAUACAUUGGAUCAGAACUCUCCACUAGCCCUGGGCUGAAGUGGUUGCUGGCCUUGGACUCAAGGAGACCUACAAAAGGGCCAAGGUUUGUGCCCUAGGAAGUCCCGGAGGUUGUGUGCUGAAGUAAGGAAGCCAGUGUCUCCUCUGUUGGGGGGCAGAGAGAGAUUGAAAAGGAAAGCAGUCCAUUUGGUCCAUCCAGUCACUGAGGAUCCAUCACGACCCUCUGGAGAAUGUUCUUCACCUCUUAAUACUCCAGUGCUGAUGCCACCUGCUGAGAUGACCCCCUUUUCCAAGCUGCCCUUGGUGCUGCUGCUGCUGCCUCCCAUCUUGAGUGGCACCAAAGCUCAGGUUAAUCCAGCCGUAUGUCGCUAUCCUCUGGGCACAUCAGGAGGCCACAUUCCAGAUGAGGACAUCACAGCUUCCAGCCAGUGGUCGGAGUCCACAGCUGCCAAAUAUGGAAGGCUGGACUCAGAAGAAGGGGAUGGAGCCUGGUGCCCAGAGAUACCAGUGGAACCGGAUGAUCUGAAGGAAUUUCUGCAGAUUGACCUACGCAAUCUACAUUUUAUUACCCUUGUGGGCACCCAGGGACGGCAUGCAGGGGGCCAUGGCAAUGAGUUUGCUCCCAUGUACAAAAUUAAUUAUAGCAGAGAUGGCACCCGCUGGAUCUCUUGGAGGAACAGGCAUGGAAACCAGGUGCUGGAUGGAAAUAGUAACCCCUAUGACAUUGUCCUAAAGGAUCUGGAACCACCCAUUGUAGCCAGAUUCGUCCGAUUCAUUCCAGUCACCGACCACUCCAUGAAUGUCUGCAUGAGGGUGGAGCUCUAUGGCUGCGUCUGGCUAGAUGGUUUGGUGUCCUACAAUGCUCCAGCUGGACAGCAGUUUGUACUCCCUGGAGGGUCCAUCAUUUACCUGAAUGAUUCUGUCUAUGAUGGAGCUGUCGGGUACAGUAUGACAGAAGGUCUGGGGCAGCUGACAGAUGGGGUCUCUGGCCUGGAUGACUUCACCCAGACCCAUGAGUACCAUGUUUGGCCUGGUUAUGAUUACGUAGGCUGGAGGAAUGAAAGUGCCACCAACGGUUACAUCGAGAUCAUGUUUGAAUUUGAUCGGAUUAGGAAUUUCACCACCAUGAAGGUCCACUGUAACAACAUGUUUGCUAAAGGGGUGAAGAUCUUUAAGGAGGUUCAGUGCUACUUUCGCUCAGAGUCCAAUGAAUGGGAACCCAAUGCUGUCUCCUUCCUCCUGGUCCUGGAUGAUGUCAACCCCAGUGCCCGCUUUGUCACGGUGCCUCUCCUUCACCGUAUGGCCAGUGCCAUCAAGUGCCAGUUCCACUUUGCUGAUACCUGGAUGAUGUUCAGUGAAAUCACCUUUCAGUCAGAUGCUGCAAUGUACAACAAUUCUGGAGCCCUUCCCACCUCCUCAGUAGCGCCUACCACUUAUGACCCGAUGCUCAAGGUGGAUGACAGCAACACACGCAUCUUGAUUGGCUGCCUGGUGGCCAUCAUCUUCAUUCUUGUGGCCAUUAUCGUCAUCAUCCUCUGGAGGCAAUUCUGGCAAAAAAUGCUGGAGAAGGCUUCCCGGAGGAUGCUAGAUGACGAAAUGACUGUCAGUCUUUCCCUGCCUAGUGAAUCCAGCAUGUUCAACAACAAUCAUUCCUCAUCACCCAGCGAACAGGAGUCCAACUCCACUUAUGACCGGAUUUUCCCCCUUGGUCCUGACUACCAGGAGCCUUCGCGGCUCAUACGGAAACUCCCUGAAUUUGCUCCAGGAGAUGAGGAGGCAGGCUGCAGUGGUGUGGUGAAGCCAGUUCAGCCAAAUGGCCCCGAGGGGGUCCCCCACUAUGCAGAAGCUGACAUUGUGAACCUACAGGGUGUGACAGGAGGCAACACCUAUUCAGUACCUGCAGUUACCAUGGACCUACUCUCAGGCAAAGAUGUGGCUGUAGAAGAAUUCCCCAGGAAACUCUUAACAUUCAAGGAGAAACUGGGAGAAGGCCAGUUUGGAGAGGUUCAUCUCUGCGAAGUGGAGGGCAUGGAAAAAUUCAUGGACAAAGAUUUUGCCUUAGAUGUCAACACUAACCAGCCAGCCCUGGUGGCUGUGAAAAUGCUCCGAGCAGAUGCCAACAAGAAUGCCAGGAAUGAUUUUCUCAAGGAGAUAAAGAUCAUGUCCCGGCUAAAGGACCCAAACAUCAUCCGGCUGUUAGCAGUGUGCAUUGCAGAAGACCCCCUAUGUAUGAUCACCGAGUACAUGGAGAAUGGGGACCUCAACCAAUUCCUUUCCCGACACGAGCCCCAGAGCCCUCCCUCCAGUAAUGCGCCUACUGUCAGUUAUAUAAACCUGAAAUUCAUGGCCACACAGAUAGCCUCGGGCAUGAAGUAUCUGUCCUCUCUAAAUUUUGUCCACCGGGACCUGGCCACACGAAACUGCUUAGUGGGUAAGAACUACACCAUCAAGAUAGCAGACUUUGGGAUGAGCAGAAACCUGUACAGUGGAGACUACUAUAGGAUCCAAGGUCGGGCAGUGCUCCCUAUCCGCUGGAUGUCUUGGGAGAGUAUCUUAUUGGGCAAGUUCACCACGGCAAGUGAUGUGUGGGCCUUUGGGGUGACACUGUGGGAAACCUUCACUUUUUGCCAAGAGCAGCCAUAUUCUCAGCUGUCAGAUGAACAAGUCAUCGAGAAUACUGGAGAAUUCUUCCGAGACCAGGGGCGGCAGACAUACCUGCCACAGCCUGCAAUCUGCCCUGAUCCUGUUUAUAAGCUGAUGCUUAGCUGCUGGAGAAGAGACACCAAGAACCGUCCCUCCUUCCAAGAAAUCCACCUCCUGCUUCUCCAACAAGGAAAUGGAGAGGAGUGAUGCAAUCAACUCCAGACCACCUCGAUGGUCCCCCAGUCCUCCCUUUAAAACCCACCACUUCUCCAAAUCUAAGCCACUUCACUUGGACUUCUAAUGGACCCUGGGAGGCAGAGGCUUCUUUGUUUUUCUCCUUUUUUUUUUUUUUUUACAUUAAAGAACCAAAAAAGAAAAAAAAAGUCUAGAUCAGAGGGAAUCUUAAAAAAAAAGUCUCAACUGACAUACUAGAGUUGAAUCACAAAGGCUAGAAAAUUCAAAUAAUUUAUAAAUGUUAAAUAUGCUUGUUUAUAAAUGUGCAAAUUCUGUGAUUUUUUUCUGAGUUCCCCUUUCUAGGAAGUGAUUAACAAAUCAGAACAGAGAAAGACUUGAAGGAUACUGAUACUGUGGGGAAGUGUUUAAGCCAAAAGGUUCAAUGAAGUACUGGAUCGUGGACUGAUGAUGGCCUAUACGUUCUAAUGAGGCCUUUCCCAUUAACUCACGAGCUAAUUUGGGCCAGUAACUGAAUGUUUCUCCACACUAUCCUCAUGUGUAGGAAUGGUUCUGAUAGCAUAUUUGUAAAUACACACACACCAAUGACAACACCAACAAUUACAAGCCCAGGUCCUGUGGUGAUAGGGGCUCUGUUCCCCUGUGUGCCAUUGGAGAAUACCAGCAUGGUAGAGAGAAUCCAAGAAGAAUUAGGCAGGUAAGACGAUUUGCUAUAGGUAAAGUCUCUUUCGAAAAGAAGGGAGAUGAGGUAGGUGGAGGUAAAGAGGGUAUGUGAAGGGAAUCUGUACAAGUGUAUAAUAAUAACUGGACACUCUUUUUCUCUUCAGUUUAUUCAAGUAUAUUCAGAUGUGGAUUUCCCCAAGGAAUGACCUGAUUUUAAAUCAUAUUCAAUUCGUAUCUGGGACUGGUAGAUCAUGAUUGAAACUGCUGUUGUAGAAUCUUAGCUAUGGAAGGAUCCUUGGUCCAAACUCAAGGGAGCUAUCAGAGAUGGGAUCCUAGUCACCAUCUCCAGGGAUACUUGGUAUUCUGAUCUGACCCAUUGAAUUCCUCAUUUGCUGUGGAUUCUUCCUAUGGACAGGGCUUUUGACUUCUGCAAUUAUUCUCUCGUGUACAGCCUCUCUGAAUCCUUGUUGGACUUGACUUAGCCAGCAUGAAGUGGAGCAUGAGGCUGACUGGGGUCUCCUCCUUUGGAUACUGGGGUCAUUACUUAAAUUGUCCCAACUUCAUGUUACAAUGAAUGACCUCAGAGGUGAUUCUGAUUGCUCACAAACCCCAAGCUGUUCAGCUCAGCAAAACAACAACAACAACAAACUUUCAACUCAGAAAACAGGGAGACAUAAAGAAUUUCAGCAGAACUAUAACUAGGGAGGGACAGUAGGGGCUUUUCCCCAGGGUGAUGAAAUUUGGAAGGAACCAGUACCAUUUCUCUAGAGUGCAUUUUCUCUCUACCCCAUCUCUAGGAGUCAAAUUGCAUGUGAAAUCCUUCCCACCCACCCCACUUUCAAUGUUCUACUUUAUCCCAGGUCAUGUUUUCUUUCACUUUUGCUCACAUACUUGUCCCCAGGGCAAAUCCUUCCAUCUCUCUAGUAGCUGUCAGUCUUUUGGUAAGAAAAAAACCUAUGGGUCUCCUGGAGGCAUAUUUCCUACUUCCUGCUGCUUACUUCAUGUGAAACUCCUUUUUUUUGUCCCAGGUCCCCCAAAUUCUUAAUUACAGCUGUGGAUUUCAGGAAACAUUUUCUAAGCCAAGGAGCCAAGCCACUGUCUCACAGCUUUCUCCACCCUCUCUUCCCACUUUGAACAAUUCAAGGUUCUGAUUGUUUUUCCCAAAUCAGUUUUCAGAAUCACUACUAGGGCAAAAGCAAAGAUUGAAAUCCUAGAUUCUCUGCUUUAAUCCACUGCCCUUAAAAAGAGGCACCUAUUUCCUGUCUAUAAGCUCUUAUGUGGCCAGGGUUAUGUACUUCUUUCCUUCCUUCCUUCCUUCCUUCCUUCCUUCCUUCCUUCCUUCCUUCCUUCCU